AACGAGCAAUAUUGCAGAGAUACCGAGAGCGCCUGCUUGAGCUUGAAAGCAUGGCUUCAAUGGCGUUACCGAGUGGCUAUAGUUACUACAAGAAUUACCAAAAUCGCAGACGUGGAUCCAGUCUUCCUUGUAUCAGCCUUUCUCAGCAGCACAAUAAUGAUGAACCAAUUGACCAAAAAUCUAAUCACCAGCUCCCUCGAAGGGAUAUCAUACUGCGGAGCAGCGAAUUAGCAGUAAUUGGGGCUAUUUUCAGCUUCAGUGGAAAAAAGCCAGAUUACCUUGGAGUACAGAAGAACCAACCGGCGUUGGCUCUGUGUCCGGCUACCAAGAACUGUAUAUCAACUUCGGAGAAUAUCGCCGAUCUCACUCACUAUGCCCCUCCUUGGAACUAUAAUGGAGGACGCGGUAGGAAAAACCCUGUGAGCAGAGAAGUUGCCAUGAAGGAGCUUCUAGAUGUGAUUAAAUCAACAAAGCCAGACAAGUUUACGCCAAGGAUUUUAGAGCAGAAGGAGGAUUAUGUGCGAGUAGAAUAUGAAAGUCCCAUCUUAGGAUUUGUUGAUGAUGUGGAGUUCUGGUUCCCACCCGGCAACAACUCAAUUGUGGAGUAUCGAUCUGCAUCAAGGCUUGGAAACUUUGAUUUUGAUAUCAAUAGAAAGAGAAUAAAGGCAUUGCGACUUGAAUUGGAGAAGAAAGGAUGGGCACCUGAAGACACCUUCUAAACUACUCCCACUACCCACUGACUAGUUCUUUAUUCAUGCACAUUGAUUCUUGUUUGCCACACAUACACCCUGCUUGGCAGCCUAUGAUUGAUUACAUUACGAUUAGCUAGCUAAAGAAAGCUUCAAAUUGUUCCUUUGAGUUUAUCUGUCACAAACCCAACCUAUGUGGGUUUUGUUUAAUAAUUUAUAGUAUAUUUAUCUAAAAUAAUGGAAAAUUAUUUUAUGAUUCAA